AUGCUUCCGAGGAAACUAAGAGCAAUUGCAGAUUGGCAACGGGUGAAUACAAUAGCUCGCUAUUAUAUUCUAGCCAGCAUUGCAGAACAUCUGCAUAAGGAACUUGAUAAUUUGGAGUAUGUAUUAGAAAUAAUUCAGACUCUAGAUGGGAUGUUUGCUAAAAGUAACAGUACUGCUAGACAAGCAGCUAUAUGGGCACUUAUGAACACUCGUAUGACUGGAGGAAGUGUGCGGGACCAUUUUUUAAAGAUGAUGGUGGCGCAUAUCAGUACUACGGAAGUGAUGGGGGCUAAGAUAAAACAAGAGAUGAAGAUAGACAUGAUCUUGGAAUCUUUACCGGAUAGAUUUAGUCAGUUCAAAAUGAACUAUAAUAUGAACAAACUAAAUCUUACUCCUGUUGAACUGAUGCACAAGCUUGCGAGUGCAAAAGGUCUCUCGGGAAGCAAGGAAGUGCCUAUCAUGCUGAAAGUUCCUCAAAACCUAAAGGGAAACCUAACGGUGGAAAGAAGAACGAGAAGCAAAAGGGAACAGGUCCAACUACCAAAUCAGCUACAAUGA